GACGUGAGACCCGCGAUGGCAAGAACCCAGGUCGCCGUGCUGUGCCUACUGCUGGCUGCUCAGCUGCAGCUGGUGACGCCACGCGGACUGCUUCUGCGAACGCGGCUACACGGCCGCAUUAUCGGCGGCACCGAAGCCAGCAUUGAGGACUACCCGUGGCACCUGGCCCUCAUGUAUGGUGGCUACUAUCAGUGUGGCGCCUCCAUAAUCGGAACCGAGUGGGCCCUCACGGCGGCCCAUUGCGUCAGCUCUUACAGAGCGCCGUACCAGUCGCUGUACAGCGUGCGCGCCGGGUCCUCCGACCGCACCAGUGGGGGCGUCGUUCUGGACGUGGCCAAGGUCCACGAACACGAACAGCACGACAGCAUCUCUGGCGACUACGACAUCGCGCUCUUACGAAUCGACGGUUCUUUCCCGCUGGGCACCAACGUGGCAAUCGUGAACCUUCCAGAGGACGGCUACGACCCUCCAGCCGGCCUCGCAGUCACGGCGACAGGCUGGGGAGACACGGAGAGCGGGUACCUGCCCACCAUCCUGAAGAAAGUGGACAUCGCCAUUAGGGAUCGAUCCGAGUGUAACUUCCCUAACACAGGGCGCGAGGUGACCCCUCGUAUGAUAUGCGCCGGAGAAACGGGCAAGAGCGUGUGCCACGGAGAUUCGGGCAGUCCUCUAGUGAGCGGUUCUACGCAGGUGGGCAUCGUGUCGUGGAGUAGUGGCUACUGCCUCCUUGGGGGCGCCGUCUACGUCAACGUGGGCAACUUACGCUCCUGGAUUACUGACGUCACCACCAUCUGACAGCCAUAACUCAAUACUUUCCAAUUAACCUAGUCAGGCUGUACCUCUUACACAUAUAACUGAAAUGAGACAACGACUUUCGACGAGAAAAAUAUGUUUACCAAAUUUAUUAGUCUAAGCAAUGAGCGAUUAGUAAGCAUUUUCUCCAUGUAUUGAAGUUAAUAAAUUGUUUCUUUGUGAA